UUGCUCUGGAGGCGGGACUUCCGCCUACACGUCAGUUGAAGCCCCGCCCCGGAACUGCGGUGCGCGCUGCAGCUGAGUCGCCGCGGCCGGAGUCGGAGCGCGAGGCGGCGGCUGGCGAAUCCGCACGCAACCAUGAAGUUGAAGGAGACAAAGUCAAGGCAUAAACCACCAAGUCGCAAAUUUCAGACAAAGGGCAUCAAAGUUGUAGGAAAAUGGAAGCAGGUAGAGAUCGACCCAAAUGUAUUUGCAGAUGGACAGAUGGAUGACUUGGUGUGCUUUGAGGAAUUGACAGAUUACCAGUUGGUCUCCCCUGGCAAGAAUCCUUCCAGUCUGUUUUCAGAGCCAUCUCCUAAGAAGAGAAAGGCACAAGUUGUUUCGGAGAAGGAGGCGGAAGAGGAAGGAGGAGAGUCUAGCUGUCCAAAGAAAAAGAUGAAAUUGAAAAAGCAAAAAGAUGGACUGGUUACUGAAGGAACCACUUCCCAGAAAGAGUUGGAAAUGAAAGAUGCUGAGCCAGAGCCCCAGGGAGCUGACAUUGCUUGUUCUGAUCCAAAGGUAGAGGAGAUGGUAUCAGAUAACCUAGUACAGACAGUUCUAAAAAAGAAGAAAAACAAAGGGAAAAGAGCACAUUCUCAAAGCACUGUCCCUAAGUUGCCCAAAACAGUGAAGACAUGGAUGCCGGACGUGCACGACCAGAAGGCAGAUGUUUCAGCUUGGAAGGACCUGUUUGUGCCCAAGCCUGUUCUCCAAGCACUUAGCUUUCUAGGCUUCUCUGCACCAACACCAAUCCAAGCUCUGACCUUGGCACCUGCUAUUCGUGACAAACUGGACAUCCUUGGGGCUGCUGAGACAGGAAGUGGGAAAACACUUGCCUUUGCCAUUCCAAUGAUUCAUGCGGUGUUACAGUGGCAUAAGGGAAAGGCUUCACCCAUCUCGUGUAACACUGGAGUGCCAUCAGGGGAGAUGAAGACUGAGGCUAGAACCGAGGCUGGCACGUUGCCUGAUGAGACUGGAAUUCAGAAUAAAGACCCGCUCAGUGAAGCUGGAGCUAAGGCCAGAGCCAAGAGUGGUGCCUCUGUCUCAGACCAGGAAUUGGUCUUCCACGACGGUGGUGAUGGUGAUGAUGCUGGUGAAGGGCCCUCUUUUCUGGUCAAGGAGGAGCCUGUCCCUGAGCAGAAGGAGAACGAAGAGAAGCUUGAUGAAGAACAGACUGAAGAGCUAAAUCAGGAGUUGGAUAACAACUCUGGCACCUAUAAAGUUCGUCCACGGCGUCCUUUGCUUGGACUGGUUCUGACUCCCACUCGAGAGCUGGCUGUCCAGGUCAAACAACAUAUUGAUGCUGUGGCUAAGUUUACAGGAAUUAAAACGGCUAUUUUAGUCGGUGGGAUGUCCACACAGAAACAGCAGCGGAUGCUGAACCGCCACCCUGAGAUAGUGGUUGCCACUCCAGGCCGGCUGUGGGAGCUAAUUAAAGAAAAGCACUCCCACGUGAGCAACCUCCGGCAGCUGAGGUGCCUGGUAGUGGAUGAGGCUGACCGGAUGGUUGAAAAAGGUCACUUUGCUGAGCUAUCCCAGCUGCUAGAGAUGCUUAACGACUCCCAGUACAACCCAAAGAGACAGACACUUGUUUUUUCUGCCACACUGACCCUGGUGCAUCAAGCUCCUGCUCGAAUCCUGCAUAAGAAGCACAUAAAGAAAAUGGACAAAACUGCCAAACUUGACCUUCUCAUGCAGAAAAUUGGUCUAAGGGGCAAGCCGAAAGUGAUUGACCUCACGAGAAAUGAGGGUACGGUGGAGACGCUGACAGAGACCAAGAUCCAUUGUGAGGCAGAUGAGAAAGAUUUCUACCUGUAUUACUUCCUCAUGCAGUAUCCUGGCCGCAGCUUGGUGUUUGCCAACAGCAUCUCCUGUAUCAAACGCCUCUCUGGGCUCCUCAAGGUCCUGGAUAUCAUGCCGCUGACCCUACAUGCCUGCAUGCACCAGAAGCAGAGGCUCAGAAACUUGGAGCAGUUUGCACGUUUGGAAGACUGUGUUCUUCUGGCAACAGAUGUGGCUGCUCGGGGUCUGGAUAUUCCUGAAGUCCAGCAUGUCAUCCAUUACCAGGUCCCUCGCACCUCAGAGAUUUAUAUCCACCGAAGUGGUCGAACUGCACGGGCCACCCGUGAAGGCCUCAGUCUAAUGCUGAUUGGGCCUGAGGAUGUGAUCAACUUCAAGAAGAUUUAUAAAACACUCAAGAAAGAUGAGGACAUCCCACUUUUCCCUGUGCAGACCAAGUACAUGGAUAUAGUGAAGGAGCGAAUCCGUUUAGCACGGCAGAUUGAGAAAGCUGAGUAUCGAAACUUCCAGGCUUGUCUGCACAACUCUUGGCUUGAGCAGGCAGCAGCUGCCCUAGAGAUUGAGCUGGAAGAAGACAUGUACAAAGGAGGAAAAGCUGACCUGCAGGAGGAGCGUCGGCGACAGAAGCAGAUGAAAGUCCUGAAGAAGGAGCUGCGCCACCUGCUCGCCCAGCCCUUGUUCAAAGAGGAGUUGAGGACCAAGUAUCCCACUCAGUCUGGCCGGCUGCCCCAGCUCGUGGCAGCCCCAAGGAAAGGCGAGUCUGCACUGAGCUGCCUCUCCAAACAGAAAAAGAAGCAGCUGAAGGGGCGGCAGCAAGAGCCACAGCCAAGCACCAGUGCAAGUUAACUGCUCCUGUGCUCAGUGUUCAGUACCUGCGCUGCGGUGUCUGUUCUCUGAUUACGUGUGAAGAUCUCCUUUCCACCCUUGUGGUUCACCUGACCAUCAUCUGUUAGAAAAAUCUCCCCCUCUUCCACCCUUAGCAGGAGGGUCCUCAGCAGGAUUUGUGGUGUUUCCAACAAUUCUUUCCAGCAGCUUAAUCUGUGUUCCAGUGUUUACAAGCUUCUUGUGUGUUCCACUUGACUUCCUGAAUUAAAACCAACAUUGAGUGGCA